UUGUGUAUUAUACGUCGUAUAAUGUUAUAACAGUUGUAGUGUCGCUUAUAUUUCGAGUUAAAAUACGUUCUUAAAAUAAAAGUUGCUAUUUACAUUAAAAUCGUAAGAGUGUAAAUUAAAGUAAAAUUUUAAUUUGAAAAUCUGUUACUAAUGUGUCAGACAUGAGUUCGCUCGACUAUAAACUAAUCCAUGAAUUUAAAUUGGUACCCGCACUGUACAACCGAAACAGUCCCACUUUUAAAGAUAAAGCGUACGUUGAUCGCGCUUGGAAUAACAUUGCCCGAAAGCUUGGCUAUGAUGCACACAUUCUGAAGGAUCGCAUGUAUCAACUGAGAAAUCGGUACAAUUUGGAAAAACGUAAAAUGAGAUCAUUACAGGACGAAGGCAUAGCCAGUCCAAGGGCUGCGUGGCCUCUAUACAAUAGCUUGGAUUUCCUCAAUGGUCACAUUAAACAACGCAAAUCCUACAAGAUGGUGCGAUCAAUUAGCGGCGGUCCGGGUUUUCGCGGUUUUACGAAAGAAGAGGGAAGAUAUCGUAUCGCCCGUCCGUAUUUUAUGAAUCAAAGUAUUGAAAUAAAGGAGGAAGUCGAGGAUGGAAUGUACGAAGAACAUGGAACUCGAAACGACACAAAAGACACGAAUGAUACAAUGAAUGCCAGCGAUUCGCAACCUCAUACUGUCAGUAAAACGUCGCAACAAACGCUGAAAAAUAUCAAUAAAUUGAAACAAUCACUACUGGCUGCCGAAGAAGACUGUUCCAAUACUGUUGCACCGAAAAAGGCAGUAAAAAAUCAUCAUCAUCCAUCGCACAAGUACGAAGCGUUUGGCUCAUUUAUCAGUAAUUCGUUGCAAGAUUUACCUCCAGAAACAGCGCUGACAAUAAUAAACAGGUUCACCAGCGAUAUUGUUCAUGCAUUAACUUUGUAUCGGAUGGAGUCUUCCAAUAGUUAAAACUGUCAGUUUAUUGUGAUAUUUAAACGAUAGGACAUGAAAGGUUCAAAUAAUCGAGUAUUUGUCUUUUGUUGUUAUUUGCCACGAACAGGUUAAAUAAAAAAAAUUAUUUUCUAAAUGCA